CUUCGAGGCCGGUGCCUGCAACAGCUUCCGUUGCACGAGCUCUUGAUGCUCGCGCUAUCAAAUUGUUUUGCGACCUGUUAUUUCACAUUCUGUGUGGGACGCGCCUCGCAGAGCACUACCCAGAAUUUGGAAUUUUCAGUUGCGAGGCGGAGGAGCACUCUCUGGAUGCCCGUUUGAGGGUGGACGAGGCCUGGGCAGUGGAAUGGGGUCGGACGCGGAGCACCAGUACGAUGGUGCGUUGCAGCGCCAUGUGAUGGCGUUGAUUGUGGCGCACUUGCGCGACCACAACCUCAACCAGGCGGCUUUAGCUGUCUCGAAUGCAACGAUGACGCCGUUGCAGUCCGAUGUGCCACCACAUAAGCUCCUUGACCUCGUCCGCAAGGGAUUAGCUGUGGACCGGGAUGAUGCGGUUCCAGCUCCUACCAUUGACAAUAAUGGGAGUGGAGCUAGUUUAGCUGGCUACGGGCCUUUACCAGCGGUGCCCAGGACGUCCCUGGAUUUUAGCUCAGUGCAGGCAACCAAAGGCACCUCGAAAACCUUCGCAAAGUUUGAGUCUCGACAUGUCUCCGAACACAAGAACAUGGCUCGUUGUGCACGCUUCAGUCCCGACGGACGACUUGUGGCUACCGGCAGCGCAGAUACAUCAAUCAAACUGUUUGAGGUUGAUAAAGUGCGGCAAAUGUUGGUAGCAGAUGGUGGCAACCGUGAGUCUCCAAUUCGUCCCGUCAUACGAACGUUUUAUGACCACUUGCAGCCAAUUAACGACCUGGAUUUCCACCCACAAAUGUCAAUACUUAUAUCAGGUGCCAAGGAUCGCACUAUCAAGUUUUUCGACUUUGCCAAAUCAGCAGCUCGACGUGCUGUGAGAGUUAUUCAGGACACACACAAUGUUCGUUCGGUUGCGUUCCACCCCUGCGGCGAUUACCUCCUAGCAGGAACGGACCAUCCGAUUGCUCAUCUGUAUGACGUGUCCACAUUUCAGUGCUACUUGUCUUCGUCCCUUCAAGACAGCCAUGUUGGUGGUGCUAUUAACCAGGUUCGGUACUCUGCAAAUGGAGGCUUAUAUGUCACUGCAAGCAAAGACGGGAGUGUUCGAAUCUGGGAUGGCUUGAAUGCACAGUGCGUGCGAGCAAUUACUUGUGCCCAUGGAACUACCGAGGCAACUAGCGCCACCUUUACCAAAGAUCAGAGAUAUGUUCUGUCAUGUGGAAAGGACUCUCAGAUUAGAUUAUGGGAAGUAGGCACAGGUCGGCAAGUGAAGUCCUACCAAGGUGCUCAACAUCAUCAGAUGCGCUGCCAGGCAAUUUUCAACCACACGGAGGAAUUCAUUCUCUCCAUCGAUGAAGCACAAAAUGAGAUCGUGGCGUGGGAUUCACUCACGGGAGAAAUAGUCUCACGGAUUCCAUCAAACCAUGUGGGUGCUCCACGAUGGAUAGAACACUCUCCAAGCGAAGCAGCGUUCGUAACCUGUGGAACUGAUCGCUCCGUCCGCUUUUGGCGAUAAUCAUUUCAGAUAAUGCAAUGCUUCAAAGGACCUUAAUAGUAAUGACAACUGCACUCCGGUUCAUUUCUCAGAAUCAUCUACUUGCGAGAAACAUCGCAACUACUCACUUUGGCCCUCUGGAACAAGCUGGUGAAGUGGAGCAUGUUAGUGUCAAUCUUGUACCCUGCAUCUAUUUCUACAGCAAGCACUCUCAGGUCGAAAUUACCGAUUCUAGAAUCUUUUCAGGCUUGGGCUUUAUCUGUUAUCAGAACAUGAUCCACUGAAAUGGAUCUUUACUUCUCCACUGCAAUGGUUGUGGUGGAAGGAAUUGACUGACCUAAUACGGCAGGCGGAUGCUCGGAUUGAUGACUUCAAGGGAAUUUUCAGGUGACCGAUUGGCUAUGUCUAUUCUGAUGUAUUUUAUGUACUACUGGUAUGCAAAGGACCCUGGACAUCUGUUGCUCGGCCUGCCUGCUUCAUCUCUCGGAGCGUAUGGUGUGAUUUGUAAAGCUGUAAGUCUUGAACUCUUGGACUCAAAUAGGUUUGCCCCUUCAAUAUUCAUUUAGGGUUUGGAACAUCAAGUCCAAUGUGGUAACCUUGAUGGAUCUUAGAAUCUAGACAUAAUUUUUCUGGGUCAUUUAAAAUAAGAUGCCCAAACUUGCAAAUCAUAGAAUUGAUCUGAGAUCAAACAGCACAAGUCUCAAUCCUGCUUCAUUCGAUUGGUACCUGAUGGCCACACGACCUUUGAGAGCUUCAAGGACCGUUCCUCCAGUGUAAACAGUGAUGUAAAAAGAGCAGUAACUCUUGCUCUCGAGCGCGAAUGCAAUGCAAGUUUUGUGUCAACAGAAACCUCGUCUCGAAGCUUACUCAAUGCAAUCAAAGUGGCGAAACGACAGGCUCCGCACACAUCCUAGAGGCCUCCGAGGAGCAUGCAACUUCACAUUACUUCCCGAAGUCUUGUCUUCGUCUCCCUUAAACCUUUGAGGCUAACGAGCUGUAACCCAAGUUCUCUCUGACCGGGGAUUCCCACUCUAUUCUCACGCUCCGUCUGCUCAUGGCUGGAACGAGUAGGAAUUCUGACGCCACCGAAGAAAAGUGUUGCUGGUUGCCAUACCCAUCUUCACGAACGUGACAGCACUCGACUUUGUAGGCCCCUACGAGGUGCUUCAUUUGGUACCGAAUGUUAAGGUAGUGUUAGUAAGCCACAAGAGGGGCUCAUACAGCGCUGAGCUUGGCACGAUCUCUUUCCUAGCCACCGCUACUUUCGACGAGGUGCCAAGCCCUGAUGUCAUUUUAGUUCCUGGAGGGGCAGGUGCAACUGCAGUGUGUACUGGGUCUUCGCUAUGAGGAGCCGUAGGGAUUCUGAAGGGAAUGAAAUCUAAAACCCACUGGUGUGUUUGGCACUUGCUGCCCAACUACGAGGCCAAACCUGUCUACGCUCGGAUCGUCCAGGAGGGAAAAAUAACAACUGCGGCUGGUAUGUCAGCGGGAAUCGAUAUGGCUUUAAGGCUGGCAGCGCUAAUCAGCGAUGAUAUUACUGCUAGAGUGAUGCAAUUGAUGAUGGAAUAUGAUUCCCAGCCUCCCUUCCACAACGGAUCUGUAAAUCAUUCUCCCCCCGAGAUUAUCAGUAGAGCUAGACUUUGCUUAGACAAAUUGAACGUGAAUUGAGGCAUUGGGGCUUCAAUCUUCGAAAUUGGUUAUCCAGAAAGGUAUUCAUGGAUUUCUUGGGGAUAUUGAGAUGCCCUGCGUUAAUAUGGAACCAAAACUGUCAUUUACGAA